CCCCAUUUCAAUAAUUUUUUCACCUCAUCAUUUCAAAGCUAUUAGCAGUCCUUUUAAACUUAUCCUUCUGAGAGGAAAACCCCUUUCCUUCAACCUGCAAUAUGCAAAGCAUCGCGAGACGUAUUUUACAUAUUACAUUGCAUUUUACAUAUUACAUAUUUUAAUUUAAACAAAAUUAUUGCGCGUUUUCAUUCCCAUAUUUCUACACGAGUAAACAGUAUUCGUCUUUCCUUUUUUUCAGUCUUUGUUUUCAGUAGGAACAGAGGUCACGUUUCCCCUUUUCCCACCGCACCUUGAUUCUCCUUUUCAAGUAGCCCGAUACAUGCGGAACUACAUCACCCAGCAUGCAAUUGGUGGCAGGGGGGAGCUGCUGCGUAGCAGCCUCCAGCCAAUAGCCAUACCAGAACCCCUAUCCUGCACAUGCGCAGUGGCGCCCACGCGCCCACGCCGCCUCGGAGGGGUCCCGGGCAUCAUGGCGGAGCCGGAGGUCUCAUCGCAAGCUAGCCGGGCCCCGCAGGCUAGCGCUCCCUCCGUCUCCACAGUGUCUGCGGCCACGGCUCCGCCGGUAGUGGGAGGAGGCGGCGCCGGAGGAAGCAGCAGCGAUCCGGUUCGCCCGGGGUUGAGCCAGCAGCAGCGCGCGAGCCAGCGUAAGGCGCAUGCGCGGAGCUUCCCGCGGGCAAAGAAGCUGGAAAAGCUAGGGGUGUUCUCAGCCUGCAAGGUACGGGGGCCCGGAGGGAUCAAAAGACUGGGAGUUCCUCCCGUGUACGUGGUCCAGCCAUAGCUGCAUCCUUUCUCUAGACCAGAAAAGAUGUUGCAGACAUAGAAGCUGUAUUUGUUUGUCCGGGAUGUUCGUUUACGUUUUCAAUCGCCUAUAUCCCGGAAUUCUAUGGGCAAACGGCAACAGUUGGAAAUAAAAUGUUUUUGGAUGUAAGGAGCUGUCUAACAAACCAUGUGGUCCACACUGUCUGUUCUGAUUUUUUGGUAAUGGGCCUCCAUGGUUUAAGGCAAGGUCUUUUGGAUUAUGCCUGCCUGAAAUCUAUUGCCUGUUGAUGCCAGGGUGUGAACCUGGAAUCUUCUGUUUAUUAUAUUUUGCUCAGCUAUAGCCCCAUUUAAAAAAUAAUAAUACAGUAAUUAUUAUAAUAUGCAUGUUUAGAAAACAAUCGAGAAAUGAAUCUUGAAAUAUGUAGUAUCUCUAGCUCAGUUGGUAGAGCAUGAUACUCUUAAUCUCAGGGUUAUGAGUUCGAGCCCCACGUUGAGCAAAAGAUUCCUGCAUUGCAAGGGGUUGGAUUAAAUGAUUCUUGUUUUCCCUUCCAACUCUUCUAAAGCCUUGUAUCUGCCCCAGCUGAAAGAGCAGUACUGAGCUUUAUGGCAGGAAGCAUGCCGUUGGUCAUAGCUGUUAAUUCUAAUCAUGAAAUUCAUUUCCACAAAAAGUGAAGCUAUUGCAGCACUUCCAAUUGUGGUCAGUGCUAUUCCAAAUCAUGAGUGGCCCCACUGAAGUUAAUGGGCAUGACUGACUAAGAUUCAUUAAUUUAGUAGGUCUACUCUUGAGUAGGAAUAGCAUUGGAUACAAUUCAUUAUGCCUGAUCUAGUACUAAAUAUGUGGAUGAAUCAAAGGAAUCAGUAUCUGGAGCUUGGUAAUUGUGAGUGAGGAAAUGGAACUUGGCUUUUUCAGCUUCCCACUUCUGGUAGUUGUGCAUCUCUGCUCAAGGAUUCCUGUGUCCCUUUUCUGCAGUCAGGCAGAUGAAGUCAUUCCCACUGUAUCUUUGCAAACCUCCUUUUGCAGUCAUUUGCAGCAGCAUAGUGAUAUGUGUGGGAAGCGACUGUGCAUUCUGUAACAGGCACCACAUAGAAUGGCUCUGUUCUGCCUUAAAACAAUGAGGGAACCGAUUAAGUUGCAGAAACAUUUUUGCAGCCCCCUCCCCAUUUUUAGUGGCUGUGAUUUUAUGGGAAGCAAAAAUGGACGCAGAAAGAGGGAGGAAACACAUUCCCAUUGCCUUGGCCACCUGAGCCAACUCUCCUCUGUGCUGCGGCAGUUCAGCACACUGAAGCAGCAAGUGUCUGCUCAGACGCUCAUCCAAGUAUAUAGGUCCUGCCUGUCUGCACUGUGUUGCUGUCUGUGGGGUGCAUGCUGCACCUGCCAAAGCACAUUCUGGCACAACUGGAGUAUGAUAGGGGCUUCAGAGAGAUGCCAUUGCAUCUCUGUUUACAUAUACUGGUCUCAAUAAAUAGUCAAAUCUGACUAGCUCUAUGAUACGUCAUCAUGUCUGCUGCAAUAAAUUUCUGAUUGUAUGGGCUCUCGCAGUGAAGGGAAAAGAGGUAGCUCUGUACGUUAAAUAUUUUUUUAAAAAAUGGUGCAGAAGCAGAUCAGUACAACAAUGGCUGUAAACAAACAGGAAAAAUGAAGCCAAAAGGGGGUGAAGUUUGGUGUGUUUCCCUCGAAACCCAAUCCAGGGUACAUUUCACAUCCCUUGAAAGCACCUUUUCUUUUUGCCUUAAACAUGCCUGAGUGAAAAUUCAGCAUGGCUCUGCUUUUAUUAAAGCAGCUUUUUACCUGUAACAUGUUAGUUAUGGUGUUCAUGGAUGUGAACGUUGCCCCAAUUUUUUUCUACACAUAGCAGCCUUGCUCUCUCUCUCUCUCUUUCUCCCCACUCCUCCAGGCUAAUGACUCUUGCAAAUGCAAUGGGUGGAAGAACCCAAACCCUCCCACAGCUCCCCGUAUGGACCUGCAGCAGACGGUCACCAACCUCAGCGAGCCCUGCCGUAGCUGUGGGCACACGCUAGGUAACUCAGCAAGCCUCUCUCUCUCUCUCUCUCAGGCUGUUUUAUUCCCAGCCCAGGUGAAGGCACUUGGGAGUUGGGAAGAGGACUUCCCCAUCAAGUCUACCACCAGCAGAAGUGAUGCUGUACUGUGAAAAAUGCCCUUCUCCUCUGCCAUAUAUGAAGCAUCCUUUAUUAGUUGCUUCAGACAUCUGGUGAAAACAUGUUUUUGCCCAGGCUUUCCCUGACCCGUAAGAUUGGACCCUGUUACUUCUGAAUGCCUUAUUUUGGCUGUUCCUACUUUUAUUUGUUUAUUAGUAUUUAUUUUGACAGUUUAUAUACAGUACUGCUUAGUUAUGAUUGUCUCUAAGCAGUGUACAAAAAAACCUUCUCUUUAAAAAAAGGGUAGGGACCGUGUCCCUGCUCGCUUUGCCCACCAAUCCCCCUUACUUUCCCCAUGGUGUGCAAAAUCCCCACUCCCCCACCAUCACCCCACUAUCCUUAUGAUGAACGGCUAUGUGACAGCAUCCUUACAUUUGUAUUAUAUGUUAAGGUAAAAAAAGAAAGAGCUCCUGUACUUUGGGUGCCAAAUUCCAUAUUGGAUAUCAGACUUUUUAUUUGGUGGUUAUUAAAAAAAAAAUUAAAAACAGUUUGUUUCAUUUUUAUCUCAGUCUGUCUCCAUCAAACUCAGGCCAGUGGACGUGGUUCCCCCUUUCAUUUUAUACUCACAACAAGUACAAUGGUACCUCGGGUUACGUACUUAAUUCAUUGCGGAGGUCCGUUCUUAACCUGAAACUGUUCUUAACCUGAGGUACCACUUUAGCUAAUGGGGCCUCGCGCUGCUGCCGCGCCGCCGGAGCCCAAUUUCUGUUCUCAUCCUGAAGCAAAGUUCUUAACCUGAAGCACUAUUUCUGGGUUAGUGGAGUCUGUAACCUGAAGCGUAUGUAACCUGAGGUGCCACUGUAGGUUAGGAUGAGAGGUGGUGACUGACUCAAAAGUCGUCCAGUGUGUUUUGUGACUGAACUCACUGCCCUCUGUCCUACUUAAAUACUCUGACCACUAUACUGUACAACAGGGGUGGACAAUGAGUGGUGUUCAAAUGUUUGUGUGUAUAAUCUUUUAUGACAGCUAUACCCUGUACUUUAGGCAAAAGAAGUCUCUCACAGAGGUCAUUACUAUUAUGGUCCUGGCACUGCUCACAGGACCAAAACGGGACCAAAAACUUCUAGGGUGGCCAGGUGCGGUCUUCCAGGCCUUGAGACUCUCCCUUAGGUCACAGCCCUCACCAGUCCUGCUCUACACCCUCCUUUCCUGCUUUGCUUCUCUGAAAUGUGAUCUUGAAUUCUUGAAUUCCCUGAGUGGAAGUGUGUGUGUGUGUGUGUUGAAAUCUCUGGUUGCUGGCAUGUACUGUACUGUACAAAGGUAAGAGUUGCAUCUAUUGCUUAGAUUUCAUUUGCCUUUAGUCACACCCACCGCUGGCAUGUGGCUCCCAGAAUGUUGCCCUCAAUGGAAUGUGGCCCUCAGGCUUGAAAAGUUUCUAAAACUGAGUUUCCUGAAGUUGGGUCUCCAGCUAUUUUUGGACUACAGUUCCCAUCAUCCCUGACCUGCGAGCUAGGGAUGACGGGAGUUGUAGUCCAAAAAAAAACCCCAGCUGGAGACCCAAGCUUGGGAAACGCUGUUCUAAAAAGACAUGACACGUGAAGAAAAGGGAAUGAGGGUAGGAGGAGGCCAAAAGGAGUAGUAGUCCAGCAACAGCUGGAGGGCCACAGGUCCCCCUUCCCUCCUGGACAGAACCUUGCACACAGCAGACCUAUAUAAUGUAGAUAAGCCCCACCAGUUGCUAGAUAAAGAGAGUCUUUCUUGUUGUUUUUUUUAAAUGAUAUUUAUUGAGAAUUUUUUUAAAAAAAUUACACACAAAAAAGAAACAAGACAAAAAGAAAGAAAAAGAAAAAGUAAAACCAUCAUUCUCCAAUUCUCCACUUUCAAUACCUUCUUUCCUUGACCUCCUCCUCCUCCCUUUUCCUGUAUCCUGAUUUAUAAUAAUCACAGCAAAUCCUUUCCAUAAUUCAUAAUAUUCUGUCCUCACAUUACCUUAAUCUAUUUUCAUCUUAUCUUAUAUAUAAAAAGUUUAGAACUUAAAUCUUAAUUUUUACCAACUUCUCCUAACCAUAACAUUCUUACCUAAUUCUUUAGACAUUUUUAUAAGAGCCAAAUAAUUUCAUUUCAGCAUUUUCCUAACAUUCAUCAAUUUUGUAAAACAGUCCUAAUGAUAGAAAUAGAAACUUAAGCAAUCCAAUCUUCAUCCAGCGUCCCUUCCUCCUGGUCCCGGGUUUUGUCAGUCCUUUUUGUCCUAUUAAUCUAGCACAUUAACCUGGCAAUCUUAUAUCCGAGGCCCUCAAGUCUCUUCCAUGUCCCUUCCACAACUCUUCUUCAUAUUUUCCUUUUAUUCGUGGGAACUCCAGCUUGGUAAUGUUUUUGACCCUUUUCAACAAAACAGUCCCUUUUCCAUAGUCCAGACUAGACUCGAUGUAGUAUUUAAAAACAUGUUCCAGAUUCCCUUCAAAGUUGAGAGCCCCCACUGCUUCAGACAUCUGACGGCCCCUUUCCAGACUCAAAAAGUCCAAAUCUCCCUGUAUAGGGGGGUCUAUCCACCCCCCCAUUUCCAAACCAAACCAAAUUUUUUCUUUCCAAGUCUGGUCUUUUCCAAGUUCAUUUGUCAAAUCCAAAAAUUUAUAUUCCUGCUGGGCCGCAGCUCCUUCCGUCUCUGGCGCCCAAGAUUCAGCAGAAUCCUCAUCUCUCAGCUGUUCUGUCAUGGCACGCUCCUGUUUUAGUUCCUGGGUGGGCUCCAUAUAGUUUCCCACUACCUGUUCAAAGGUUCUGGCCACAUUCGUCAGCAAAUCCGUCUUCUGGCUUAGCUGAUCCAAUAGGGCAUUUAUUUUGCAGAAAGCACCCAACAGUGCUUCUGCAGACAUUGUCCUGCAAGGUCACAAACCCUUUCCCACGGUUGUAAUCAGUGACAGCUGCAAGCUCCCAGGGAUUAGUUACAAUUUCACAGUGCCCCUUUAGGGGGAAAAACUUCUGAUUGUUCUUUCUCUUAAAAACAAUAGCAACAAAGUUUCUUUUUUAAGAUAUUUUGUCCAUAUCUGUUUUUUUAAGAUGCGAAAGGGAGCAAUGGAGUCACUAUGUUUCUCUUCUUUUAACUAUCUGUCAAAGACAUUUGUUUCUGGUCAGUGAGCUUCAAACGUCAAUUCUGACACCCCGCUCCAGGAUCAGGACGGUGGAAAAUUACUUUGCUUUAGAUUCACAUCUGCAGGUUUAAACAGCUCGAAAAAAGCUCCCCUUCUUCUCCUGCUACCGAAGGGGGUUCAGCGAUUUUAAAUGAUGAAAGUCAAUCCUUUAAGAGUGAUUUUUAAAGCUCUAGUUUGCGUUGUCUUUGCUUUGUUCUGGCUACAGGGAAACGGAAGGCUGACUUCCUGUUUAAACCUUUCCGUUUAAGUACCAAAUUAGGGUAAAUUUUUAAGUCCAAAUUCCUUUCUAUUUCACCAGUUCUUAUUUAAAGUCCAGAUAUUCAAUGUUCCAGUACUCACGGUUGGUUAUUUUAGAUGCCAAAUUGUCCCAGGAAAAAGGCAGCGCUCUCCGGCAACGGCUAUGCGGCUUCGCUCCGCAGGAAAAGCGAUUGACUCACAGCACCGCGCCACUUCCCCCUCUUCGCUUUGGAGCCCGUUUGUGGGUUCCUUUGCGGGUUGGGGGGGGCGCUAAGGGUGCCCGCUGAGUCCCACGGUCACAGGCUUCAUCCGCCUGUGAUUUCCAGAAGGGUCCCUGCUUCGCCGCAGCGGAAAAGACCCGUUUCAUGCGGAGCUGGUCCCUCCAGUUCGGAGGGAGUCUGCCAUUGCCGAUGGCGCCACCCCAGAAGUGAUAAAGAGAGUCUUUGAAUAGUGGCGUGGUGGGAGGUGGAUGGAUGAUGAGCCUUUGUUGUGCUCCAUCCCAUUUGGGUUAGACCAUGACCUGAUUUCUCUCACCUGCCCUCAGCUGACCAUGUGUCUCACCUGGAGAAUGUCUCUGAGGAAGAGAUCAAUCGGCUUCUGGGGAUGGUAGUAGAUGUGGAGAACCUUUUCAUGUCAGUGCACAAGGAAGAGGACACAGACACCAAGCAAGUUUAUUUCUACCUGUUUAAGGUGAGCUCAAAGAGGAAUAGUGCAUUGCAAAAUGUCCACAGUGGUGGUUGGGGGUUUUCUGGUGGGGCAGGUGGUGGGGAGAGCAGAAACUCAGCUGUAUACAAGGAAGUUCUCAAGAUCUUUUAAGUGGCUAUUUCACAUCAAUGCUUUGGUUGUUGGUUUUUUAACUGCUUUUUAAAUUUGUUUUCAAGAAGUACACACAGAAACAAACAUUGUACAUAUAAGCUUGGAGUAAGUUGAUGUUUUAUGGAUCUGUUGUUGAUUUUAUCCUUAUAUGUUGUACUACGCCUUGCUGUAUUUUUAUGAAAAUGUAGAUUAUAAAUUUGUAAAUGAAAUAAUAGCAAGAGUGCUCCUAGAAUACAUAAAGUAUAGAAAGGAGACUGCAGCCACCGCCCUUGUAAUGUGUCCAUGCAGUUCUGCAGAUCAGCUCGGGCAAGUGCUGCUUUUGUUUCAGAGGGUGUGGACUUGCGAAGAUGGUUGCAUGAGCUUUGUGUCUUGAUACCAUUUUACAUUUGCUCAAGAUCCUAUGCCUUCCACUCCCCUGCCCACAACUUCGUUGUUGUUUUGUUUUCCUUGUCAUAUUAAUUCCCAUAUUUUCUUGUCUGCUUAAUCGUGACAAUAGUUGGUUCUGAAAUACUAAUGCAGAAAUAACUGGAGACCAGUGUGGAAAAGUAUGGGAGCAUAGGAAGAUGUCUUGCGUUGAGCCAGACCACCGGUCCCUUGAGUUUAGCAUUGUCUGUUCCAAGGCUGGGGAGCCUAUGGCUUGCCAGUUGGUGUUGGGCUACCAUCCGGUCAUCUCUGACCAUUGGACAUGCUAGUUGGGGCUUCUAGGAGUUGGAGCCCAGCAGCACCUGGAGAGCACAGGUUUCCCAGCACUGGCUGGCAGCAGCUCUCCAGUCUUUCCCAGGCCUACCAGGAGAUGCCAGGGUUUGAACUUGCAAUGCACUGGUAUGGACUUGUUGUGCACCUUAGAUGGAAGCCAUUCGGAACAGAUUGUGGGCAUCUCAUAUACCUUGGAACAUCUUAGACAGAACUAGUAAAACCAUCUCAAGGAGCUCACGAGCAGGAUUUGAAAUAGGAGUGACAGAAGGAAUAGAAGAAUAUAGUAUCAACGUGUUGGUAUAAGAGGGAGAAGGUAUUGUACAGCAGGGGGGAGGAAUUAAAACACCACGGAAAAUGGAGUGGGAAGUCGAAAAAAUAUAAAAUUAUUAGGUAUUGAAGUAAAUAUGUCAAACUUUUGAAAAUUCAAAAAAAAUUAUUAACAAAAAACCUACAAGGAAAUAAUGGGUGAUUCCCCUCCUUUUUUUCUUGAGAUUGAAACAAUUUCUUUCCCCCCUCUCCACAGCUCCUAAGGAAAUGCAUCCUACAGAUGAGCCGCCCAGUUGUUGAGGGCUCACUCGGAAGCCCCCCUUUUGAAAAACCAAACAUUGAACAGGUAAAAAGAUGCCUUGAGAGAUGUAAAAUGCCAGGGUGCAUCUAAAACACAUAUUUGGCUCCCUGUGCCUAGAAAAAAAAGGCUGUAUUCCCCUCACAGAGCUACAAUUCUCAGAGUAGUUUAAGUAAUCCCUCUUCACUGGGAACUGUGGGAAUGGUUGCUCUGUGAGGGAACUAGGGGACCUCCUAACAACUUUAUAAAUCAUAAUAAUUUGGGGGGGUAAGGCUCAGAUGGCAACCCAGUAUGCCGGAGACCCCACAGAAGUGUAAGGCUGCUAAAGCUCACCUGGCCUUCUGUUCUCCCCCUCAGGGCGUCUUAAACUUUGUGCAGUACAAGUUCAGCCACCUGCCCCCUAAGGAGCGGCAGACCAUGUUUGAGUUGUCGAAGAUGUUCCUUCUGUGCCUAAACUACUGGAAGCUGGAAACGCCGUCUCAGUUCCGCCAGCGCUCACAAAACGAUGAUGUCGCAACGUACAAGGUUAACUACACCAGGUGAGCUGGGGGAAGCGAAGAAAGCAGAGCCCAAGUCUUAACUUGUGUUGGGAAGUUUUUAAUGUUUGACAUUUUUUAAUGUUUUUAUAUGUGCUGGAAGCCACCCAGAAUGGCUGGGGAAACCCAGCUAGAUGGACGGGGUAUAAAUAAAAUAAAAGAACAACAACUAUUAUUAUUAUUAUUAUUAUUAUUAGCAGCAGCAGCAGGGCUAAUCUCCAAUGACUCAUUUGCAUUGUCAAGUGUGGUUUGGUGACUUAUUGAUAAAGAUGAACACCUCUGGGCAAUUGCAUUUCCAUAUUUCCUGAAUAACUACAGCAAAACAACAAGAACUCCUCAGUGCUUCUCAGAUGGGAGCCAGAGGUGAAGGGAGGGAGCUGAUCCUGCAGCAAGCAGAGUCACUAUUCAUUCGCCAGUGGAAGAAGUCAUAGCGACUGCCGAAACUCUGCUGCCCUAAUCAUGAACGCUGCAGGGGAGUACAGUUGUACCUCGGCUCCCAAACGCCUUGGGAGUCAAACAUUUCAGCUCCUGAACAAUUGAAACCUGGAAGUGAGUGUUCCAGUUUUCGAAGGCAGCCAAUCAGAAGCCGUGCUUUGGUUUUCGAACGUUUUGGAAGUCAAACAGACUUCUGGAACGGAUUCUGUUCAACUUCCGAGGUACGACUGUAUAUGGGACGUUCUGACCUCAGCAAAUUUUCUUCUCCCUCUGGCCGCCUACCCCCAUUGGCUGAUUUUUAAGAGGGCGUCUGAGAUGGCCUGUACUCGUUCUCCACCCGAGACGGUGCUGGAUUGGUCCCCUAGUCCAAAGAGGAAUGGAGGACUGCAUUGAUUCAAUUGUAUGUCAGGAUUCUGCCCAUUCACCUGGAGGCAUGUGUGCUUGGGGAGGUAGAGGAGGUUUUUGAGGAAACCCAAGUUCAGAAAGAAAAUGUUGGGAAACGCUGCCGUGACCUAAUAAUCCCAUUUCCCCCUGUUGCGCUAAUAUGUCCUCGCUGCCUGUGAUACCUCUCUGACCUUCCCUCACCCUAGGUGGCUGUGCUAUUGCCACGUCCCCCAAAGCUGCGACAGCCUCCCACGCUACGAAACCACCCAAGUGUUUGGGCGCAACCUCCUCAAGUCCACUUUCACGGUGACUCGCCGGCAGCUGCUGGAGAAGUUCCGCGUGGAGAAGGACAAGCUGGUACCAGAGAAACGGACCCUCAUCCUCACCCACUUCCCCAAGUAAGGCCAGUUCCAUGAAGCUACAGGAAAGGGGGCUACGCAGCUGCAGCGGGUUGUGGUACCAUUGUUGGUACCCAAUUUAAAAUAGGCCCAUUGAGAUCAAUAGAUUUAGUUGGAUACAACACUUUGGGUGCAAAAUGGCAGCUCUGAGGAGUCUGAAGGCAUAUUUCCCUCACAGAGUUACAAUUCCCAGAGUUCCUUGGGAAGACUGGUUGAUGGUUAAACUGCUCUGAGAAUCGUAGCUCUGUUUAAAGUGGUGUGACACUGGCGGGGUGCCAACUAUAAGGGACUCUGGGUGCCCAAGCCCCCAGAAAAUAGUUGUGAGUGCUCAGCACCCACACUGCAGGACCCCCUUCCGGUGCCUUGGAAAGCACCGGAAGUCAUGUCCAAGGUCUCAGAACCUGACUUCUGGUGCCACCGGAAGUCAGGUUCCAAGGCCAGGGGGCACACAUGAUGUCAUGUCGCAGCAUGACAUCAUGGGCACCCAUAACCUGGGGUCCAAGUCAGCUCCCCUGGGCACUAAUAUAAAUGUACACCACAGAUGAGGCCUAAAUCUGGUGUAGGAUUGGCCAGUCCCAAUUUCUCACUCACUUUCAUGAUACUUUGGCUCCAACUCAUCCAUGGGAUUAUUCUUUGGUGACUUGAUGUCCUCUUUUGGCACCAAGUCAAAAGAUGUGAGAAUGGAGGCUUGAGGGAGACUCACUCACAGCUACAUAAGGUUGAGCAUCGUCUCCAUUUUUAAAAGGUGGGGGUUUUAACCCAGGUGGGAUUUGUGGGACGCGGGUAGCGCUGUGGGUUAAACCACUGAGCCUAGGGCUUGCCGAUCAGAAGGUCGCGGUUCGAAUCCCCGCAAAGGGGUGAUCUCCCGUUGCGCGGUCCUUGCUCCUGCCAACCUAGCAGUUCGAAAGCACGUCAAAGUGGAAGUAGAUAAAUAGGUACCGCUCCGGCGGGGAGGUAAACGGCCUUUCCGUGUGCUGCUCUGGUUCGCCAGAAGUGGCUUAGUCAUGCUGGCCACAUGACCUGAAAGCUGUACGCUGGCUCCCUCAGCCAGUAAAGCGAGAUGAGCUCCGCAAUCCCAGAGUCGGUCACAACUGGACCUAAUGGUCAGGGGUCCCUUUACCUUUACCUAAAGCUUGAAGACUCGGCCCCCACUGCAUUGACACUGGGGUUCACAAGACUCCUGUAUAUGUUUUGCCCUGCUGAUUCCCCUCCAUUUCUCCCUGCCCAGGUUUCUAUCAAUGCUCGAGGAAGAAAUCUAUGGGGAGAGCUCACCAAUCUGGGAGGCCGACUUUACUAUGCCGGCGUCAGAAGGAACCCCACUCGUUCCCCGGCCAGGUAUGUAUCUCUUGGAAUCCUUUUUUGGCAGCAUUCUGUCCUCAUGCAAAUCUGUGACACAGCCUUAUACUGGUCAUCUCUGACUUGCAGGAGCUCUCCAAAGUGUCAGGCAGGGGUCUUUCCCAGUCUUGCUACCCAAGGUUGUUUUAACUGGUGGUUUGUACAUGGGGCCUGCUGCAAUCAAAAAGAAAAAAAAACCUGUAGGUCUGCUCUGAGUAGGACUGGCAUUGGCUACAACCCAUAAAUUCCCAAUCAAUUUUCUACUGAUUGGGCUGUGUGGAUUGUGCUCUCUGUUCCCUAUUCAUUUUGUCUCAAGAUCCUGAACAUCCACAUUACAGCAGUCCAAUAAGCAUUUAUAAACGACCAUUGUGGGUUUAGCUUUUUUUAAAGAUCCAGUCAUAUCCUCUAGCACUGUAGGAGAUCCUGAAGCACUCAAAGCUGAUGGUCCUUAGACAGACACCCAAAGGUAGCAUGACUGGAGAUGGUUGCAAUUCAGCACUCGUGGGUGGGUGCUAUCUAAACCUCAGUAAAAAGGGGUAACCCAUGCAUGCCGCCCUGAGCCCCUUAAAAUGGGAUAAAAAUAAAGGUAUUACAGUGUAAGUUGGCUGCUUGUUGUGGCUAUAUGUUAUGUACCUGAGGCAGGUGUGGGUGGGUCAGACAAUUCCUCCUUCAUUUUCUGUUGCAGCUGCUUCGUCUCUUAAUAAGGCUGUGUGUUCUUGUUUUUUUCCCCAUGCAGCAAUCAGCACCGUUCCUGCAGCCAGCACUCCUCUCUUCAGCAAAUCUCUGAGCUGCAGUUCCUCCUUGGCUUCCAUUAACCUGGAUGGCAGCUCAUUGGAUUCUGUGCCAGGUAAAGCCUGUAGUGUAGACGUAUCUGGAGAAUGUCCAAGCCAAACAUCUUCAGCGAAGGGCUUAAUAAUAAGCCCUUGCUAGGAGACAUCUGUUUUUCCCUUUGCAAAAGUGUUUCUUGAACAACCAGCCAAGAGUUUUGCAAACUCUGAAGGUUUUGUACUGAAUUAAAAGCCGUUGGUUCAUCCCUAGCCUCCUUGAGCCUGGGGGCACAGCUGGAAAUUCAAGAAAUAUGAAAAUAAAUCCUGCUAGAUCAGGAAAAUGCCCCAACUAGUACAGCAUUCUGUUCUCACAGUGGCCAACCAAUAAUAAUAAUAAUAAUAAUAAUAAUAAUAAUAAUUUAUUAUUUAUACCCCGCCCAUCAGGCUGAGUUUCCCCAGCCACUCUGGGCAGCUCCCAAUCAAGUGUUAAAAACAAUACAGCGUUAAAUAUUAAAAACUUCCCUGAACAGGGCUGCCUUCAGAUGUCUUUUAAAGAUAGGAUAGCUGCUUAUUUCCUUCACAUCUGAAGGGAGGGUGUUCCACAGGGUGGGUGCCACUACCGAGAAGGCCCUCUGUCUGGUUCCCUGUAACCUCACUUCUCGCAAUGAGGGAACUGCCAGAAGGCCCUCGGCGCUGGAGCUCAGUGUCCGGGCUGAACGAUGGGGGUGGAGACGCUCCUUCAGGUAUACAGGACCAAGAUGCCUUUGCAAAGCCUGCAUGGACAAAUUGAGUGCAACAGCACUCCACACUUGAAGAUUCCCAGUAACCAGCAUUCAGAAGCAUACUGCCUCCAGCUAGUUGUGAAAUACCCAUUUUGCAGAAGAAAAACUGGGGAUGCUCAGAAGCCACCUACCCACUCUUCAGUGAGAGGCAAACCACCAACAUGCUCCAAAUAAAUAAAACACAGACCAAAGAAAACAGGCAACAGAUAAGACCCCCAACCAAAAGACCCUCCUUUUUAUAAAUAUAGAUAAAGAAACAUUGGGAAGGGGGCCCUGGUAGGCAGCAUCUAAGGGAGCUGUGGUGCCCAUGAGGGCCAGGUUUUGGAACCCAGCUCCACAAGUAUUGUUUUACUCGCAAUCCAUUCAUAAGCUAUAUUUAACCGUGUCUUAAAUUUGACACUGCAGCUCAAAGCCACCUGUCACGUAGGAGUAAAACCCAGAAUCAGAUUUAUGCAUAUGCUGUUUGCUAAAAAAGAGUGAGAAGUUAACGUUUCUGGGAGUUACAUCAAUCACUUCAGCCUACUAUAAUUUUUUUGGCAUAGGCGUAGAUAGAGCCUGAGGCCUCAUUCCUUUUCCCUGUCGCACAGGUGAGAAGAGGAAGCUUCCAGAGAGCCUGACGCUGGAGGAUGCGAAGCGGAUUCGCGUGCUGGGUGACAUCCCGAUGGAGCUCGUAAACGAAGUGAUGUUGACUAUCACAGAUCCAGCAGCCAUGCUGGGACCUGAGGUAUGGCAAGCAGGAGGGGCAUAAAGGAGUGGAUAUUCACCAACUUUUUGGGAAUCAAUUUUUAGCCUGAGGGACAUGUUCUUUUUAGGGGCAACAUUUCAGGUUUCAUAGGCUGCUGCUGGCCAGGGCCAAAGGCAAAAGUGAGCAGAUCAGUGAACGUAAAUUUUACCUUUGUGCAGCAGGCUAGUUUUUUGCCCACACUCAACUCCUCUUUCUCCUCCAUGCCAUGACACAUUCCAGCCAGACAAAAGACGUCUGAGAAGGGUACAGGCCCCUCAGCAAGGGGUGUGGCCUGGGGAGAGUCUGUGUGGCAAAUAGAAAGGCUUAGUAAGGCACAUUUGGCACAGAAUACAGCAAACCAAUCUCAGCAGUUGUCACACUAAUUGUAUGGUUCAGUUCCGGCCCGUUGCGUGAACCCAAGCAGAUCUUCAGCCCCAAGUACUCAUGGAACUUUAGGGAGAGACUUCCUAGGUUGAGACACAUGAAAUAACAUUAUCUUGAACUAGUGGUUUUUUUGGUUAAAAACAACAAGAGGUUCUGCUCCUCGUACACCAGCAUGGUGUAGUGGUUAAGAGCGGUGGACUCGUAAUCUGGUGAACUGGGUUCGAUUCCCUGCUCCUCCACAUGCAGCUGCUGGGUGACCUGGGUGACACUUCUCUGAAGUCUCUCAGCCUCACUCACCUCACAGAGUGUUUGUUGUGGGGGAGGAAGGGAAAGGAGAUUGUUAGCCGCUUUGAGACUCCUUAAGGGGAGAGAAAGGCAGAAUAUCAAGUCCAAACUCCUCUUCAUCAUCAUCAUAUGCGGAGGAAAGUACCUAAACCUAAGAAUGAUAAUACACACACAAAGCAAAGAGUGUAGCAUAAUGAAAUAGAAAAAGCAUAUCAAGCAUUCCUUGGCUAAUUAAAGCUUGGUGUUGCCUUCGAUUUGCAUUCCAGUCCCCAUACACUUCCCAAAGAUUCAAGGAAAACAAUUUUCUCUGACCUUAUCUUCCCUUAAUUAGUUUUUAACGCCUUCCAAGUUGUUUUUUUCCAGGUAGGCAAAGCCAUGAGUCAGGUCACAAGUUAAUCCCUUCAUCCACAGACCACAUAAAGGUUUUAAUUUUUAUUUUUUUUAAUAUAAUGGUCCAUUUUCUUCAGACCUUGCAUGUUAGCAUUAACAAGUUCUACCAGUGUUCUGUUUUUCCUUCGCUCCCAGACCAGCCUGCUCUCCGCCAAUGCAGCCCGGGAUGAGACGGCCCGCCUAGAGGAGCGCCGCGGCAUCAUCGAAUUCCAUGUCAUCGGCAACUCGCUCUCGCAGAAAUCCAACAAGAAGAUUCUCAUGUGGCUGGUUGGGCUGCAGAAUGUAUUUUCUCACCAGCUGCCUCGAAUGCCCAAGGAGUACAUUACCCGUCUGGUUUUUGAUCCGUAAGUUGAGCAACGGCCCUGGUUCGUCAAUGGUUGCGGGUAGGAACAGGUGUGUCAUAAGACAGGUGCUGUAUUAACUGUUGGGAUACUGCCAGGGAGAUAAAGUCCAUCAUGGCCCCCAAGCCGUCUGCCGGACGAUCCAUCGAUCUCCCGUAGGCACGCAGUAUCAGCAAUUAGCGACAUGAAUUUCUAGAAAAUAUCUUGCCACAUUCCAGAGCUCAUGCACACUCUAUCAGCAGAUAAUGCACAGCCAAAGUCGCACUCAGGAGAGCAUUAUUUACAAGUUUUAUUCAGCGUUGAUCAGAACAAAGAAAGACAUGACUGCCUGCGUCAGUGUCUCCAGACACAGAGAGAAAACGAAAGCAAUAGGAAACAUAAACAUCCUGUGAACAGGAAAUGCGCAGACUCUGUGACUCACAAAAGCCUGCUCCCUUUUAAGGUGGAACGGAAAUAUCCUAACAUUAACACCACAACACCAACCCCCCCCCAACCCUGAGUCUUUAGAAUUGGGAAAACUUAAAAACCAGUGCAGAUUUAUUGAGUAAAGACUCAAAGAAUAUGAACGUAGGGUCUUGUUUCCAGAACUUUCAACAAAAGGUUUGCCGCCAAAUUAGGAUGUGAGCUGAGCCUCUGUUCAACAGCUUAGUCCAGUGGUUUUCAACCAGUGUGCCAUGGCCCCCUGGGGUGCCUUGAAUGAUGGUCAGGGGUGCCGCGGGCAACACUGGCCUCUGUGCCUCUUUCCUUCUCUCCCUCCUCUGAUGCCCUCUUGCAUCUCCCAAAGGCUUGCAGUUCGUUGCAGCAGCCCUGGCUACAAGCUCCCCAGAUGAACAGUGCCUCUGGGGCUGGCCAGGGGGUGCUUCCCAGGCCCCUGUGGGGCAGUGUGAGGAGGCCUCUCUCCUUGGGGCAGGGUGGGCAGCUCAGAGACCAGGGGCGGCAGCUGCGGCUACCCAGAGGACUCCCGGGGGGGAGGGGAAAGGAUGCUGAGGGAACCUUCCACAAGGGAGGGGUGAAGGACCACCAGCUCUGCAGGCAAGGGGUGCCAGAACAGGGCUGAUGAGCCCCACUGUUCGGUGCCGCAGAAAGAAUGUACAGUGGUACCUCUGGUUGCAAACGGGAUCCGUUCUGGAGGCCCGUUCGCAACCUGAACAGAACGCAACCUGCGGGUCGCGAUUCGCCGCUUCUGCGCAUGUGCGUGACGUCAUUUUGCGUGUCUGCUCAUGCGCGAGCGGCGAAACCCGGAAGUAACGCAUUCCAUUACUUCCGGGUCGCCGCAGGACGCAACCUGAAGCAAACGUAACAUGAGGUAUGACUGUAGUUGGUCAAGGGAGCCGUGGACUCAAAAAGGCUGAAAACCUCUUGCUUAGUCUCUUCUUUCCCCCUCGCUGUACUGUGCAAUAUCGUUUGUAAGUACAGUGGUACCUUGGGUUACAUAUGCUUCAGGUUACAUACGCUUCAGGUUACAGACUCCGCUACCCCAGAAAUAGUAUCUCGGGUUAAGAACUUUGCUUCAGGAUGAGAACAGAAAUCGUGCGGCGGCGGCGCAGCAGCAGUGGGAGGCCCCAUUAGCUAAAGUGGUGCUUCAGGUUAAGAACAGUUUCAGGUUAAGAACGGACCUCCAGAAUGAAUUAAGUACGUAACCAGAGGUACCACUGUAAGUUGGCCGGACACAGUUCCGUCGCAGCAUUCUGUGGUUGACACUUCCCGCUGAAACGCCACCUGAUUGACAGAAGAAAACCAUGCUUAAACAGAAAAAAUAAUUCACAAUUCCUUUCUUUUAGUGUUCGGCACAAUAUAUAGCCCAACGCCCAACACUGUUUCCAUCUUGACAAAAAGGCUAUUUCUAGGUGUUAGAGCAGGGAUGAGGACUCACCAUGGCCCCAAGUGGUCAGGAGCAGUAGGGAGUUGCUGAGAGUGGUACCCCAAAAGCAUCUCGAUGGCCCUAUGUUAGAAUGCUUGCGAACAUUCUGCAGCAACUCACUUUUCCUGGGUUGUAGGCAGAGGUGGCCUGCAGGUUUGUUGUGCCAUACUGCCAGCGGUGCCUCUCCUGUCUAUUCUGAUAAAAGGACAGAGGGUUUAUCCGCGUUCAGGCUUAACCUUGUGUAACAAUCAUUCCUGCCUCCCUGGAUAAUUUCAGUUUGUUCAGGUGAAACAGGGAAAACAAAAUAAGAUCCCUCAAAUUUCUAGGAUUCUACAAGAGAAGCUCGGACUGUUAAAAGUGGGGGGGGGGAUUGUUUGCAGAUUACAGGCAGUCACUGUUUGUUUGUUUGUUUGUUUGAUUGAUUGAUUUAUAUGCCACCUUUUUCCUCCAAGGAGCUCAAGGUGCUGUCCAUUCUUCUCCCCCUCCUCAUCUAGUCCCCACAACAACCUUGUGAGGUAGGUUGGGCGGAGAGGCAGUGGCUGGCCCAAGGUCACCCAGUGAGCUUCAUGGCCAAGUGGGGGUUUUGAACCCUGGUCUCCCACGUCCUAGUCUAACGCUCUGGCCACUAUGCAACACUGCUAUAUAUCCCUUUAUUCAAUUCAGUCCAGGAAAGUUAUAGAGUGGGAUGAGAGAAUAACGAUGCUCAGCAUUCACCUCAUAGGAAUAUAGGAAGCUGCCUUAUACGGGACUGAAUCAGUCUGUAGGCCCAUUUUGCCCAGAAUUAGCUAUGCUGGCUGGCAGCAGCUCUCCCAAUAUUUCAGACAAGAAAUCUUUCCUAGCCCUAGCUGGUGAUGCUUGGGUUUGAGCCUGGGGCCUUCUGCACGCAGAACAGAUGCCGUGCUUCUGAGCUUACGGCUCCUCUGCAGUCCAGACACUUCCAUUCGUUGCUCUGCUUUUCUUCACAGCAAACACAAGACUCUGGCCCUGAUCAAGGAUGGCCGGGUGAUCGGCGGCAUCUGCUUCCGAAUGUUCCCUACCCAGGGGUUCACAGAGAUUGUCUUCUGUGCUGUGACGUCCAAUGAGCAAGUCAAGGUAGGGUUGCUAGAGGUGGAUUGUGUUACGAUGUGGGGUGGGUGCCUUUGUGUUAUAUGUAUGUGUGAGUCUACCUGGCCAGGAAGGGCAAUAGCCCAAGGUAAGGGGUGGACUUGAGCUCUACAGUAACAUUCGAGAUCCUGCAGUCGAUCGUAAACAAGUGCAAAGCAUCCAGAAAAGUGAGAGCAAAUUUAGAAAGCGUUCACCAUUCCCGCCCUCUAACUAUAUUGCUGUCGUCGUUAAUAAAGAAGUUUCUCUGUGAAUGGAGGGCAUAUUGGGCAGGAAUAUGGGGAAAGGGAUAGGCCAGAAAUGGGUUCCUUCAAAUUAUUAUUAUUAUUUAUUUAUUUAUUUAUUUAUUUAUUUAUAUAACUUUUAGAAGACAUCUGAAGACAGCCCAGUCUAGGGAAGCUUUUUAAUCUUUUAUUAUGUUUUUAUAUGUGCUGGAAGCCACUCAGAGUGGCUGGGGCAAACCUAGUCAGAUGGGCGGGGUACAAAUAAUGAAGUUAUUAUGAUGAUGAUUUCAUUCCAGGGGACUCCUGAAUUAUCCCAAAAAACGGUUUGGGUGUGUGUGUUUAAAUGUCCCGCUCAAGUAAACCACACUGCACUUAUAGGCAUGUUGUGUCUACAUACCCGUACAACUGGGACCUGCAACUUACUGUGUGGCAUUCUGCUGUUCAGGAUUCCACUCCUUAUCCCUUCCUGGUUUUCUUUCCCCAAUAGAGAAAGCAUUACUCAGAUUAUUGCUAAGAAGUAUUGCUUUUAGCAUGCUCAGUCCACACUGAACUGUUUCCUCUCCCGUUCAAGUAUGAUAGGUAUGUAUCUGUCUACCUAUUAUACUGAUACCUCACUUUAGAUUCUUAAUGCCAGAAGAAUGGUAAUUUAAUUUCCUCAGAAUUUUAAAAUUUCCCCCUCAGAAUUAAUUAAAAAUCAAUGGUAAUUUAAUGUGCCCAUGCUUAUGGCAUUCACUGUUCCAUAUUUAUUACCUCAGAAUUGGCCAUUACUUACCCCAGAAUCAAUUUUAAAUGGAACUCAUUUAAUUUUGCCAUGCUUAAUGAUAUUCUGGGUCUUCCUGCAUGAAUCCUCAAGUCAUCAGAUUCUUUUCCCCCCUAGCGGUUUGCCACUCUCAUUAUUUCCUCAUUCCCUCUUAUGUCUCUUUGUAGGGUUAUGGGACCCACCUGAUGAAUCACCUGAAAGAAUACCACAUCAAGCACAGCAUCUUGUACUUCCUCACCUACGCUGAUGAAUAUGCCAUUGGCUAUUUCAAGAAGCAGGUACUACAGCAUCGCUGAUGAAGGUUUAUUUAGGGCCAGCUUUUGCCUUCAUGGUUCCAUAAAGAACUCAGAAGUGCCUCUCCAAUGGUCUCUGUGACAGGACUUGCAGUGAAUUUAUAAUGGUUAUUGAAAUCUUGUUCAUUCUUUUGUUGAACUGAGGCACUGUCAAGCAAUUCCUAUGAGGUAUAUUGUCACAUGGUACUGCUUUGAAACUCAAUUUUGUUUGCCAGUUGAAUUUAUUACCGCCUGUAGUUUGAUAUAUUAGAUUGGACCCAGACUUAAUCAGUUGUAUUUGGUUCAUGUUAAAAUCAGUGGGACUUAAGUAGUGGCUAAUUUGCCCCAUUGGUUUCGGUAGGGCAAAAGCGUUGUGCAGCUAACUCAGGCCCUAUCUGUACUAUACAUUUAGAGCAGUCACGACUUCCUGGGAACUGUAGUUUGUAAAAGGUGAGAGUUGUUAGAAGACCCCUGUUCCCCCUCACAGAGCUACAAUUUCUGGAGUUUCUUGAGAAGAGGGAUUGAACGUUACAACAGUCUGGGAAUGGUAGCUUUGUGAGAGGAAUAGGGGGUAGCCUAACAAAUCUAAACAUCCUUAACAAACUACAGUUCCCAGGAUUCUUAGGGGGCAGCCAUGACAGUUUAAAAGUGGUGUAAUACUGCUUUAAAUGCAUAGUGCAGAUGGGGCCUUAGCCUGGUUCCAAGCUGUUGUUAUGUUGGCUGCAUUGACAGUCAUUUCUGUUAGCUGCUUUUUGGUUUCCUUUUGAGAGAGAGAUGUGGGUGGUUAAUAUUAAGUGAAAUGAGAAAACUGCCACCUGCACCUUUUCAUGGCUUGCCUGUGGGAUUGGGAAGCUCUUCACAGUUCUGUGCAGAAAGAAGGAUCACAGUUGCUCCCCAGAGGACUUUCAACCUAUAACAGAAAGGUGCAAGUCAGGGCUGGCGAUUGGGAAGACCCAGUUAUUUUUUUGCUUAAAAAAAUAUUUAUGAGGUGCCAGUACUCGUGGUGUUAAAGUGCUGUGGGUACCAACACAAAAUGGCUGCCAAGGGCAACAAAAAAAGAGAUGCUGAUACUCCAUACCAGUGAGUUUUUCCACAUAAAAGAGCCCGUGUAUGUGGGGAGACGAGGCAUUCGCUUUUGGGCAGGAGAAGUCCACAGAGCUUUCAAAAGCAAGUCUUUGACUCUGAGUCUGCGAAUCUCAUACAUAUAGAUGUGAGCUUUGAUGUGCUCAACAUGUACCAGACUAGGUAUGCCUUGUCGGUUCUCAAUGCCAAAGACAGUGUACAUUUAAAAAGUGCAUGUGUGAGAGACUUUUUCAGUGGCGCAAUGCAGAAGGUGGCUGUUUUGCACAGAGCUAAUUGAGCAUGCUGGAGCCUUGGCUUUUGAGUCAGCAUUCCCUCCUCUUCCAUCCUCGUAAGGACUACAUACUUCCAUUGUAUCGGGGAGGGAAAGAGGGAACUAGGGUCAAAGCUUUCAGGCAAGAGGUCACCAUCUCAGUGCAUGAAUAGAUUCGUGCUUUUCUUUGCUGUUGUUGUUAUUAUUAUUAUUACAGUGGUACCUCAUGUUGUUAAUGGAAUCCGUUCCGGAGGCCCGUUCGCAACAUGAAAAGCCUGCAACCUGAAGUGCCGUAUCUGCGCAGGUGUGCGGCACGAUUUGGCGCUUCUGUGCAUGCGCGAUUUAGCGCUUCUGCACAUGCGCAAGCGGCAAAACCCGGAAGUAACCCUUUCUGGUACUUCCGGGUUGCCGCAGGACGCAACCUGAAAAAAAUGUAUCAUGAAGCAAAUGUAACAUGAGAUAUGACUGUAUUAUUAUUAUUAUUGAAAAAUGAAUGGACCUUUCAUGUCUGGCCUCCAGGGCUUCUCCAAAGACAUCAAAGUCCCCAAGAGCCGAUACCUUGGCUAUAUCAAGGACUAUGAGGGAGCCACCUUGAUGGAGUGUGAACUGAAUCCCCGGAUCCCUUACACAGAGCUCUCUCAUAUCAUCAAGAAGCAGAAGGAGGUGAGGAGGUAGAAAAGGAGGGAGGUGAAAUGUGCAGUUGUGCCCAGAAUUCAGUAUUCAGAAGGUUACCAGUGGCCACUUCGAGGAGGGGCUGUAGCUCACUGGUAGAGCAUCUGCCGAUGAUCUCAGGCUCAGUCGCCAGCAUCCCCAGGUGUAGGACUGGGAAGGACCUCUUCUGGAGCCACUACCUGCCAGUGUAGACAGUUCUGAGCUAGAUGGACCCAAUGCUCUCACGCUGUAGAUGGCAGUUUCCUGUGUACCCCAUCCUGAAGUAGAAAUUAUUCUGAAACAAAAAACAUCACAUGCUGUAUUUGUGUCAAAUUCGGAAUGUCGGCAACCCAAAGAAACAUGCCUUUUUGAUUCUGGCCUGUCGCCCGCCCUCUGCUCUGCAAAUACACAAGUUUAACCAGCCCUUCGUUGGGUGAUCCAUUAUGGCCUUUCCCCUGGAGCUGGUCCUGCAGGGGGUGUGCUGUGGGGAUGGCAGUCCAAGGUGCAUCACCUGCUCUCUUCUCCCUACAGAUCAUCAAGAAGUUGAUAGAGAGGAAGCAGGCCCAGAUCCGCAAAGUCUACCCUGGCCUCACUUGCUUCAAGGAAGGUGUUCGGCAUAUCCCUAUUGAAAGCAUACCAGGCAUCCGUGAGUGCAGCUGGGUAGUCUCUGGCAUAGUGAGCAUGGCUUGUGGCGUGAAUAGUGCUGUGAUGGGAGCAACUUCUGGCAGCUUCCCUGUGGCCUUCCAGGUAUUUUGGACCCCAGCUCCCAUCAAGGCCCAGCCAAUGUCUCCAGUUGUCAAGGAUGAUGGGAGUUGUAGUCCAGCAACAACCACCAGGUUGGGGAAGGUUGAACCUGGGCGUGCCUUUUUCUCACCUUGCACCCCUUCACUGCUUUCAGGCAUCAAGGAUUGCCGCCACGACAAGCUUGUUGAAAGGGUUCGGACUUGGGGCAAACAAGAUGCCCUUGUUAUGUUUUUGUAAGAGGAUUAGAUCAGUGUUUCCUGAACUUGGCUCUCCAGCCGUUUUUGGACUACAACUCCCAUCAUCCCUAGCUAGCAGGACCAGUGGUCAGGGAUGAUAGGAACUGUAGUCCAAAACCAGCUGGAGACCCAAGUUUGGGAAACACAAUGGAUUAGACAAAUCCAUGGAGGACAAGGCUGCCAAUGGCUAGUAGCCACAACGACUAUGUUCUGUGCCACUGUCUGAAGCAGCAUUCCUCUGAAUGUUGGGAAUUGCAGGUGGGAAUUGCUGUUGCACUCAUGCCCUGCUUGUGGGGUUCCCACAGACAUCUGGCUGGCCACUGUGAGAACAGGACGCUGGACUAGAUAGGUCAUUGGCCUCAUCCAGCAGGGCCCUUUGUACAUUCUUGUGAAGGCAUGGGAGCAGAAAAGGCCAAUAAUUCUCCUCCCCAUUGCCACCACCAUGAUGGUGCAAUACUCCUCUGUUCUAAAGAGGUCCCUAUUUCAGCGGCUUCCUCGCCUCUCUCCUCCAGAGAAGACCAACCAAGGAGGGUGUGAUGUGUCAUGGGGGCAGGGUAGAGGGCCUUUUGUGAUCCCCAGCAGGUCCCUAAUUUGGGGUCACAUUGGCCGUGUUUUGCUUUUUUUAGCUGUGUUUUGUUCUCUUCAGAGUCUGGUCAACAGCCAGGUAUGAAACUGGAGAGAAUGUUCUCCCCAGGUGACACUGUGGACCCUGGUGAAUUUUCAGCAAAGGACAUCUAUUGGGGACGUGACCUCAGCCAGCACUCACUCAUCUGGGGAUGGGAGGAAUGCCUGUGUUGUAAGAUAAAAGACACAGGGAAAUAUGAAGCCCUACACUUAACAUAUUUUUCCGUGUAUAACACGCCCUCAUGUAUAAGAGGACCCCUAUUUUUCGAGGACCCCUAUUGAUUAAGAAAUCAAUGUUGCGGGGGGGAGAUGGCCCUGAGUUGUUGAGGUUUUUGGAGGGAGGUCGCCCUUCUGUUGUUGGGGAGGUCACUGCGACCAAUCGCCCAUACACCUUGCUGCACCCGCCAAUUGCAUGCCACAGCCCCUGCAAGCCUCACUGCAGCCACAGAUCGCACACCCAUUCUCUGCAGCUGCAGCUGAUCGCCCGCAUGCCCGCAACCCCCUCUCUGCAUUCACUAUCCAUAUACAAGAGGGCCCCCAAUUUUUGCCCAUUUUUUUAAAAAAGCAAAAUACAUUAUCUUCUACGUGUACAAAUGUGGUGUUUUUACAAAUUGACUCCAGCACUGUGGGGACUGCUGCUUGCUUGCUUGCUUGCUUGUUUCUGAGCUGGUCCUGGGUCAUUUGUUACUUUUGCAGUGAUAUGGGGACUCUCUUUCUUUUCCAGGAGAGACGGGAUGGAAGCCCUUGGGGAAGGAGAAAGGGUAAGUAGUGUGGCAAUUUUCUUGUUCUCCCCCUCGCAAUACUUCCUCUCUCUUGCAGCAGCAACAAGAUCUUGGUCCUACCUUAAGAGAGUCAUUCAAAUCUCUCUUAUUAGCUGAUGUUGUAGACUGUGAAUUUCUCUUGCAGGAAGGAGCUCAGGGAUCCUGACCAGCUGUAUACAACCUUGAAAAACCUCCUAGCGCAAAUCAAGGUGACUUGUCUGAAUGACAAUUUGGUGGGGUGGGGCGGUGCAGGGAGCUGGUGGUGCAAACAAGAUUUCUCCAGCUGAUGUAGUGGAGAAAUAGCUGCAUGUUACAGUCCUAGUUUCUCGGUAUUGCCCAACCCACACAUAACUGGGGAAAGAUAUCCUUACCCAGCCCAUCUUCAGAAUAUGUUUGGGGCAUUUUUGGUUUGUGUGUAACAGGGGUGACAAACUGAAUCUGGUUCAGAGAACUGAAUCCCUAAUUCCCCUGCCCACCAGCAGGCUAGCUUUGAUGAGGUGGGUGGAGUGCUCACUUGUCAAUCACCUGACAUCAGGAACGUGAUAAACAAACUGGAACGUGUCCAGAGGAGGGCAACCAAAAUGGUCAAAGGCCUGGAAACGAUGCCUUAUGAGGAACGGCUAAGGGAGCUGGGCAUGUUUAGCCUGGAGAAGAGGAGGUUAAGGGGUGAUAUGAUAGCCAUGUUCAAAUAUAUAAAAGGAUGUCACAUAGAGGAGGGAGAAAGGUUGUUUUCUGCUGCUCCAGAGAAGCGGACACGGAGCAAUGGAUCCAAACUACAAGAAAGAAGAUUCCACCUAAACAUUAGGAAGAACUUCCUGACAGUAAGAGCUGUUUGACAGUGGAAUUUGCUGCCAAGGAGUGUGGUGGAGUCUCCUUCUUUGGAGGUCUUUAAGCAGAGGCUUGACAACCAUAUGUCAGGAGUGCUCUGAUGGUGUUUCCUGCUUGGCAGGGGGUUGGACUCGAUGGCCCUUGUGGUCUCUUCCAACUCUAUGAUUCUAUGAUUCUAUGAGGUGAUUGAAAAACUUCCCCGAAGUUCAAAGAGCAUCGCUGUAAGUGUGCAUCAGCUGGUCGGUAGUUACAGCAACUGCCUUUGAAGAUACACUUGGAGCACACCUUCAGAGGAGCUCACUGCAGCAGCCUGCAGAGGAAAGAAUCCUGCAUUCAAAGGAAGCAGUUUGGAUCAAAACCACUUCCUCCGUGGGCUGGGGCAGGACCAAAUUGGAUUUGAUAAUUAGGCUCCUGUGCUGGAGGUUUUCUGCAACUCAUGGAGUGAAUGGAGGCAGAUUGCGGGUGGUGUAAGGGUCUUUUGUUUUACACUCAUACAAGUUAUGCAAGAUGCACUAAUUUUUUUAAAAAAAGCUGUUUCGUUGUAAAUGCAAACUGAAAACUUUUUUCAGGCUCCAGCCUGUUUUUCCUAGCUGUUUCUCUGGCCUCAAAAGAUCAACCUUCUUGUUUAGCUCACACACACAAAUUUUCACAACAACAACAACAACACUUUAUGAACUGGAGACCGUUUCCAAAAUAGAUUAAAGACCGUUUAAAAAAAAAAGAUCUAAACAGGGAGAAUAAAGCUAUUCCAUUUAUUAAAACCGAGGUUCAUAAUGUGUGCAUGCUUUUGAGUUACACAGAACUCUUCCUCUGGCUGGAUGUUUAAAAAAGGUAAAAAGGGAUAAGAGGGUUUUUUAAAUGUUUCUGACUGAGGCCUGCCCUCUGCCAACAUCAUGGUUUCUCUUUUUAAUUUUCUUUUAACUUCUAGCUAAAGAACUGUGUUACUUGAAAAGCUUUCACACCAUGUUGUGAAUCUCAGUUCUAAUAAAUGUAUUUAAUCUCCCUGUUUUGGAAAGGUGGCAUUACUGUUCUAGCUAACUGGCUCUUUUUCUCCCUUCUGGCCAGACCCAUCCCAGCGCCUGGCCGUUCAUGGAACCGGUCAAGAAAUCUGAGGCUCCUGACUACUAUGAGAUCAUCCGUUUCCCCAUUGGUAGGUAGUUUGACUUGGCCCUUGCUUGGAGGAGUCAGUAUGGCUGUUGUGAAAAUAUUUCAGAUGGCAGAAUUGAUGGAGAUUAGUUCCUGGAUCAUAAUCGUGCCACAGGGGUGAGGGGUGUGGAUUUCAAAUUCCUGAGACUUGGUGCUUUUCUGUUCAGUACAUUAAAAGAGUUCCUAAUUCUGCUAAGGGCAGAAAUGAGCUUAAAAAGAUAAAUUCAGUAUAAUCUUGACUUUUUUUGCUGCAUUCACUCGUGUAUCUGUAGUUAGAAAGAGGUGGAGACUGUUGUUCAUUACAUAAUGCAUUGCCCCCUGUAUAAUCCUCCUAGAGAUAGAUUUCUCCCCACAAAAAAAUCUUCAGAGAGUUUCCUUCUUACAGGAAUACAAAUUGUCAUUUGCUGAUGGAAAGGGAUAAACACACUACAUAACAUUUUUUUAUUGCUGUAAAUAUUUGCACUGUACAUUUUAAGCAUUAUACCACUUGAAACAGUUACGGCUUCACCCCCAAUGCAUCCUGGGAACUGUAGUUAGUAAGGGCUUUAAGAGUUAGUAGGAUACCUCUAUUCCCCUCAUAGAGCUUGCUGCUCUCAGGGUGGUUUAACAAUCAACCCCUCUUCCCAGGGAACUCUGGGAACUGUAGUUCUCUGAGGGGAAUGGAGUCUCAUAGCAACUCCCUUAACUAACUACAGUUCCCAGGAUGCCUUGCGGGAAGCUGUUUAUAGUUGUAUGAUACAACAUGGGGUCCAUUGUGCUGGGGACACCUGUGCUGAAGUGUACUGCUUUGUAUUUCUGUAUUUUUGUGAUUUCUAGUGGUUUUAGCAAAUAAAUCUGACUAGCACCUGAACUCAGAGCAAACAGCCACAGACAUCCCUUAAACAGCCCUGCUGUUCUUGCUAUAAUUUGCUUUUGUGUCUUUUUCCUCUUGUGCCCCCUCCUCCACCCGGUCUACUUCUCACAUAAGGUAUUGCCCAUUUCUGUUGAUGAUGAACAGAGUUUCAUGAGCAAUGAAGCCAUGCAUUAUCCACAUUUAUUUUUUUUACUAUACCCUGCAGAAGUUCCAGAAGGCUAGCUUUGUUAAUCUGUUGCCACAAACCCAACAGAGGGUCUCGUGGCACCUUUAUGGUGGCGUACAGCAAAAUAGCGUGCAAGGAUUUUAACUGGCAAUACAGAACUUUCUCCUCCCUCUUCACUGUCCCCAAAUCUGUUCCAGGGGUUGGGAGAAACCCUAGAACAGAUUUAGGGGGCUCCUGGGGGGAGGGAGUUUCAUUGCACAAGCAGAAAUCCUUGCGCCGACAGAACUAUUUCAUUACUGCUCUGUUGAAUAAAGCUCAAAUCACAUGUAUUAAUGAAAAGGCUUUGUGAACCAUUUAAUCAGAUAUCUCAACUGUAGUCCUAAACUGGUAGACAUAUAUAUAUAUUCAUGUGGCUGCUGAGUUUGGAGAGGAAUGAGAUCAAAGUACAGUGGUACCUUGGUACUUGAAAGGCUUGGCUUCCGAACAAAUUGGCUCCCGAAUGUCGCAAACCCAGAAGUAAAUGUUCCCGUUUGCGAACAUUUUUCGGAAGCCGAACAUCAGACGCAGCUUCCACUUGAGUUCAGGUAGCUCCUGCAGCCAAUCGGAAGCCGCACCUUGGUUUCUGAAUGGUUUUGGGAUUAAGACAUUAGAUUAAGUUCGAGAACCAAGGUGCCACUGUACCAAAAAAAACGACACACCCCUCAGUGGCAAUUAUAUAUACAGUGGUACCUCGGGUUAUAGACACUUCAGGUUACAGACUCCGCUAACCCAGAAAUAGUACCUUGGGUUAAGAACUUUGCUUCAGGAUGAGAACAGAAAUCGCGCGGCGGCGGCAGUGGGAGGCCCCAUUAGCGAAAGUGGUGCCUCAGGUUAAGAACAGUUUCAGGUUAAGAAUGGACCUCCAGAACGAAUUAAGUUCUGAACCAGAGGUACCAAUGUAAAAGCAAAAUGGUUCCAGUGAUAAAUUACAAAGCAGUGUUGAUGAUAACACAAGCAUCUUGGUGUACUGGUAAGCUAAUUAUGAUAAAAACCCACUAUCUUGAUAUCUAGCCACGUGCAACAGAAUGGAUGAAUUGUGAUAAGCAGUUUCCGUCUAGAAGAUUUAUUAUUAUUAUUAUUAUUAUUAUUGUUAUUAUUAUUAAUUCUUCUUUGAACUGGUGAUGCUUCCUGCACAAGUGACCUUCUCCCCUCCAACCCCCUUGCCUCAUCAGACCUCAAGACGAUGACGGAGCGGCUCAAGAACCGCUACUACGUCACCAGGAAGCUGUUCAUCGCCGACUUGCAGCGCAUAAUCACCAACUGCCGCGAGUACAACCCCCCCGAGAGCGAUUACUGCAAGUGCGCCAACACCCUGGAGAAGUUCUUCUACUUCAAGCUCAAGGAAGGGGGCCUCAUCGACAAGUAGUAGCAUCUGGGCUUAUUCCCCCCCACACACACCUCCGUCCUUCCAUCUUGUGGGGACUCUCUUCCGGCUUGUGGCGAACAGCUGGCCACUUCUCUGCUGCCUUUUGCCGCGUCUCACGCACAAACUGCAUCUGGGGUUGGCUGGAUAAAAGAGCUUUUCCUUUUACGUGAGGGGGCGUGGGAUGUGCACGGGUGCCAUCUCUGUUGCAUGCUUCUCCUUGCCCCUGAACAGACUGGGAUCUGCCAUCGGCCCUCUCGAAUUUCCGAGCCUUAUCACUCCAUCCGUUGGGUCUUCCUUCUUAGCAGAGAGCCGUGUGGGAGUAGUCUGGGAGAUCACCCCAGAAAAAGAUUCUGAAUCCUUGCAUUAUGCAUCCGAAACAUGUAACGAGGGGUGUGAGAAGCCCUCUUCCCCGCCCCCAUUUUUCCGUAUAUGUCUGUGGGUUUUCUUGUGCUUCCAUGUGUUGGGAGAGUUUUUCACCUGCUUGCACUUCAUCCUUGCUUUAAGAUUCAGCCAUUUCUUCUUGACAUAUGAAUGUAGAAAAGGAGCACUUAGGGGUAGAAGAGGACCAGGAGAGUUGGGGAGACUUUAUUACAGACUUCAGCAAUAAAGAGGUUUCUUUCCCCACCCCUCUCUUAAAAAGCCGUUGAUGGGACCAUGAAAAACAGAAGCCCUUCUUUUUGUUUUUGGCUAACUCACAACUUCCCACUAUCCUGUUUGAAUGCUGUUGCCCUGUCCUGUAGAGCUGUGUUUCCCAAACGUGGGUCUCCAGAUGUUUUGAAACUACAAUUCCCAUCAUCCCUGACCACUGGUCCUGCCAGCUAGGGAUGAUGGGAGUUGUGGUCCAAAAACAGCUGGAGACCCACAUUUGGGAAAAGCCCUGCUGUAGAGGAAAGGACCCCUUUUGAACCUUAGGCUAAAUUGUGACUGCAUUCCACCAGGCAGCUCAUUCCGUUUUCACGACUUUCCCCUAAAAGUUAAGUUCCACUUUAUAUCUGAAUUUUCACCUGACUUAAAAGCCACUUCCAGAACUCUAGUGCAAGUUUAGUGCUCAUUUAUGUGUAAUUUGCUUUGCGGGGGGGGGGUGUCUAUUUGCAAAUAAUGUGGAAAUGAGUGCUAAACUUGCCCUAUACUUUCCACUGUGGUUCCGGAAGUCGAUAUUACAUUGUGUGAAAGUGCAAAUACAAUGUGGAAAGUAAACUUUUAGGAAAACGUCGUAAAAAUUGAAUGACCUGCCAGGUGAAUGCAGCCAGUAUAUAGCUGCAGGAGGUGGGCAAACAAGUAAAGGGUACCGGGGGGGGGAAUAACCCCCUUGCUCAGUUGCCAGAUUUUACCCUCUCAACGCUUACCAAAAGCCUGUUACUGGAUUGGAACUUUAUACCCCACCGCUUGGUGGUGGUAGUAGUAGUAAAUUCUCCACAUACCACAUACCAGACCAGAAUUAGCUGUGACCCCUCCCCACUGCUGGACACCCCUGCUUGGCUGUCUGAUCACUCUAUCCACAACGUGUGACCCAUUCUUGAUUAUUUUCUGUCCUGCACUUACAUCCCCACACCUAUUUGAUCCGCUGCAUCUGAGUUUAGUCUUCAUCUCUGCACUUACAACUUUUGCACACAGACACUCUCCCUCCCACUCUGUCAAGAGUAGCCAAGCUUUGGUGGGGCAAAAUAAUCAGGAACACAACUCUGACUCGGUAUCAGUGGUGUCAAUGAUUCCGUCCCUCUCAUUGGAGCUCCACCCACCUGCCUGCCUGUCUUCAACACACACUUUCCUAUGCAUUUAUCUGUGAGUGUCUGCCAUAUUUGCUGUUUCUCAUGCCUUGGUUUAAAGGAGGUACAGAGAGGGUCUUUGUUUUCUUCUUCUUCUGAAAUUGAGGCAGCCAGUUUUGCUGUUAACCAGAUACUUUAAAAUGAUCAUGGUGUUCUGAUGACUUGCGGUAAGUUGCCAAGUUGGCACAGCCGCUCUCCUCAGGCGCCCUAUAAAUUUUGUGAUGCUUAAUAUCUGUGCCAACAUGUGGUGCAACAAAAUUAUAGCCCAGUUGUUUUUCUCUUGGCCAUGAGAGUACAAUUGUGAGGACAUCAAACGCCCUAAGCCAGGCAUGGGGAACCAGGGCCCUCAAGACUUUAUUGGACUCCAGUUCCCAUCAGCCCUAGUCAGCAAAGCCCAAAGGUCAGGGGGUGAUGGGAGUUGUAGUUAAACAGCAUCUGGAAGCCCCACUCACCCACCCCAUAUGAAGAAUUGCAGGCCUUUGUUGAAAUAAUUUCUGGGGUCUGGUGGUGAGAAAAACAAAUGUGUAACACCCUUUCUCAACCUUGGGUCCCUAGAUAUUGAUGGACUGCAACUCCCAUCAUUCCUAGCCAGCAUGACCAGUGGUCAGGGAUAAUGAGAGCAUCUGGGGACCCAAAGUUGAGAGAGGCUGCCCUAGAUAAUAGUGGCAUUUUAUUGGUGACCUGUAUAUUUAAUACAGGAAGUGUAAGCUGCCCACCCACACUCACUUUUUCCCUUCCAGCACAUGUGUGGGGAACAUUUAGCCCCCUCCCAUCACCCCCCUCCAUUGACUAUACUUGCUAGGGCUGAUGGGAGUUGUAGUUCAGCAACAUCUGAAGGUUCCCCACAUUUCAGUCGGUAUGGGGUAAUGGGAAAGGAGGGUUGGAAAGUUGGGGUGGGUGGACAACUAGAUUGUGUUCAGUUAUCCAACCUGCUUCAGGGUGAUUUGCCCAGGUGGAAUAUACUCUGUUUUAAGUGCUUGCUGUCAGUGUCAUCAUUUUGUUGGGGCUGCGUGUGUCUGGUUAACACUUUGCCUGGGGUAUUUGAUGUAAAACGUAACCCUCUCAGCUGCAAAUUUGAAUAAGAAAAAAGGUUGCUUUGUGAAGUAAGUCAAAGAUCUUCCACUUCAUCCCAGUCUUUUCCUCCAACCUUGUGCAUGCUCAUCACCCUUCCUCCUCUCAAUUACAGAGGAGUUGUUGGUCCUUUAAGCCUCUGAGGAACCUUAUAAAAGGGGCAUGGAGGGGGGGAAGCAUUUGAGUAACGAUCCACUUGCCUUCUCUUAAGUGACUGUUGCCUUAUGUCCACCACAUUUGUGUGCGUAACCUGUACAAUUGCAGGGCCUGACUCUACCACUCUGGGCCUUUCAAUAAUGUUGCCAUUCCAUUUUUUAAAUACAUAAAAGGAAAAAUAAUAAUAAUAUGUCUGAAAUAUAAAAGGUGUGUUGCUUUCUUUUUUGACCAACUAUUGUAGGUUUUGUUGGGAACUUUACACUUAAUAGCGAAG